CCAAGAGCUACUCUAGAGCAAAAAAUACAAAUUCUAGAUCAUUAUCAUCGUUCAAAUCGGCCUCAGCUGGAAACUGUUGAUCAUUUUAGAAAUGAGAUUUCAAUAUCGACGUCUUCAUUCAGUGAAUGGUUGAAAAAUGAAGACGAAUUAAGAGAUCGUUUAAAUCAAGCUGGUGCAUCAUCAUUUUCUAAAAAUAGUCGAAGAAAAGUUAAAUUUAAAUAUGAAAAAAUCAACCAUGCAAUGGAUAUGUUAGUGAAACAGAAACUAGAAAGACAUGAACCAAUUAAUGAACCUAUCUUGAGAGAACAUUGGUCAAUAUACGCUCAUCAAUUUGGUGUUGAAGAUCCAAAAAGAUUGGCUGGUUUUAGUCAUGGUUGGCUUUCUCAAUUUAAGAAAAGACAUGGUCUUAAUAAAAAAAGACUAGUUGGUGAUGGUUCAAGCUUAAAUGGUACUACUUCUCCAACUCCGUCAGGUUCCUCCACUACCUCGUCGGCAUCCCAGACUAAUAGUUCUGCUAACUUGGGCCAAGGGCUCGAAUCUAGCUCCAGCAUUAGUGCAAGUGAUAUUGAAAGAUUUAUAUAUAUGUUUGCUGAUAAAUUUUUCCGGGAUCAUGAAUAUGAGUAUCCUCAAACCAUUAAAGUUUUCCAGGAGUUCAAGAAUUCAUUUUUCAAUGAAAGAAUCAUUAAUGUGAGGUCU